AUGGACACAGAGACCGUACCUCUACUUAUUGGGAACGAGGCCCGUCGCAUUCCUGGAGGUGCCAAAAUCUCUGUCCACUCCGCCGCUCAGGAUCGAAUUGUUGGAUAUGCAGAAGCAGCGACUGUUGACAACGCGAGAGAAGCGGUACAAUGCGCGGCACAAGCAUUCGCGAAAUGGCGCAACGUGGGCAUCUCUGCGCGAAGGGAGAUCCUGUUCAAAGCGAUAAACAAUUUCAGGGAGAACCAGCACCUGCUAAUGACGAGUCUGCAGUCAGAAACGAGUUGUACUAAGGAGUGGGCAGCAGCCAAUAUUCGCGGCACCCUCAAGUCGCUUGAGGAACUUGCCUGCAGUAUUACCAGUAUUACAGGCGAGAUCCCGAGCACAGACGACCCAUCCAGAUUAUCUUUGAUCUUUCAAGUCCCUGUGGGCUCGGUCCUUGUUAUUGCCCCCUGGAACGGCGGCAUUGUCCUGCCUGCCAAAGCCAUUACCCAGCCCCUUGCGGCAGGAUGUACCGUCGUCUUCAAGGCCUCGGAACUCUCUCCCCGAACACACCAUCUAGUUGCGAAGAUGUUCAUUGAUGCCGGCCUACCCGCCGGUGCUCUAAAUGUGGUCCAGACCCGGCGUGAAGAUGCGGAAAACGUCACGCGAGCUGUCAUUGCGCAUCCUGCCAUCCGUAAAAUCGACUUCAUCGGCAGCGCAGCCGUCGGCAGGACGAUUGGAGAGAUGGCCGCUCACUAUCUGAAACCAGUCCUGAUGGAGUUGGGAGGCAAAUGCCCUGCAAUUGUGCUCGACGAUGCCGACGUCGCCGAUGCCGCGUCAAAAUGUGUUGUUGGAGCAUUCCUGCACCACGGACAGAUAUGCUUCUCGACCGAACGGAUUAUAGUAUUAGAGGCGAUAGCCGAGAAGUUCACUGCGGAACUCAGGGCUAGGGCUCAAAAUUGGCAGCCUGUUGAUGGAGUCAGUAAGAGGAUCAUCGACAACGCGCACAGCCUUGUGGAGGACGCUCGCGCCAAAGGCUGUGAAUUCGUCCUGGGAGAGGGUUCGCCGGGGUUUGUGCGGCCGUCGGCGCUACAGCCCGUCAUCCUGACCAAUGUGACGAAGGAUAUGGCCAUUUACGACAGUGAAAGCUUUGGCCCGUCUGUCAGUCUGUACGUUGUCAAGACGGAAGAUGAGGCUGUUGAAUUGGCCAACAGUUCGACUUACGGGCUGAAUGCGGCGGUGCAUUCGCAGAACUUAACCCGCGCAUUGCGAGUGGCAAGGCAGAUUGAGUGUGGUACUAUCUGGGUCAAUGGCCUCACAGCCGGUGAAUCAGCGACUUGUCCCAUUGGAGGCUACAAGGGUAGUGGAUGGGGACGCAGUAACCAGAAAUGGGGCUUGAAUGAGUUUGUUCAAACUCAGACCGUCAAUCUGCCUCAUUUAUAG